AUGUCGCAAAUAAAAAUGUCGUCAGUAGCGACGGUGCUUAAAUGUCGCCGUUGCGAAUCGUUCUAUUCACUUAGAAGCACCUUCAAACCACAGAUGCCAAAAAUGAGUAAGAAGUCUGCUAAAACAAAAAACCGCCAGAAAAAAGAAAUAUAUUUAUCCAAAAAGGUGGCAAAAAACGAAAGUGGUACCAAUAACGAAAAUUCAGAGAUUCCUGGUAAGCCUGUACAUUUGCAACAAAAGUUGCCUGAAAAUAAGACCUCAGAGGAUAGUACAGUUAUUGAUGACAAUGAUGCAUUGUCGUCAAAAACUGUAACUCAAAAAAAACAAAAAGUUAUAGAUGUAGGUAAAAAGGCAUCGGAAAAAAUAAAGAAUAAGGAGAAGCAGCCGCCACAGAUUAUAACGAAGCGUCCAACGAAUUUUGAAUUGGCUUUAAGAGAGGGGCCGACUGUUGUUUGCAGUUGUUGUUUGCGUUUGUGGUUUCCCUCUUCAUGUAGAAAAAUAGAUGUACAAAUGUUAGAAAAAAAAUUUGGAAACCAAUUCAUUGCCCAAAUUUUCAAUGAUGGAGUUUUAUUGUGCAACUCGUGCUCACAAAACAUUUAUAAAGGACAAUUGCCAAAGUUCUGGUCUGGCAAUCAUAAUAUUGUUCACCCUAUACCAGUUGAGCUAAAAGAUCUGACUAUCCUUGAAGAAAGGAUGGUGUCAGCCAGGUUACCUUUCAUGCAAAUCCGACAGGUAGGAUAUGCACGACAGUGUUACAUAACUGGUCAAAUAGUCAAUGUCCCUAUAAAUAUAGAUACUUCGACCAAAUUAUUGCCUAGAAAUGUAGAGGAGACACAAACUAUUCAGGUUAAGCUCAAGAGAAAAAUGGACUAUAAAAAUGAUUAUCUCCUGGAAACCAUACGGCCCGCAGUUGUUUUAAAAGCAGCAAGAUUUUUGUGUCAACAACCUCUUUACAUACAAGAAGGUAUAAAGCAAUCAGAUGAUUGGGAAAAAAAUAUUAAUGACUAUAUACGAUCUCAAGUAGAAUCCUCUACACAAAUUUUAAAUGAAGGCUCAAAAGUGGUGGACGUGGAUUCUAAAACAGUGUGUAGUGAAAAUUUUGAAGAAUUGUUCGAUAAUGCGUUUUUCGAAACAAUGGAAGUGCCCCUAGAAUCUAAGAAUGACGAUAAAAAUAUUCAAGCAGAAUCUUCAAUUGAAAAAAACAACAUAUACAAUUUGGAUGAAUUCUUAGAUGAAGAAGAAGAGCCCUUAAAUCCUGGGGGCCAAGAAACUUUGCUUGACAAAUGUAACCUAGAAAAUAUCUGUUUUGCCCCAGGAGAAGGUAAAACGCCAAUACAUUUGAUGCUGGACCAGUUUAGCGAUGAACUCUCAUUUCCUACACUUUUCUGUGGACAUGCCAAGCAAUUUCUUAUAAAAUUCUCCUAUUCUGAGCAGACGAAAAUACAACUCCAGCACAAAGACAGGCGAUUUGCAAGGACAGACUAUCUGUUGUAUACAUUUAAAAAACGUCAACUUAUCCAAUUAUCUAGUGCAAUUGCAACAUGUCUCAGAAAAAAGAGGAAUGAGGAUGGAAAAUAUACAGCUGGACAAGUAAGGCAAGCAAAUUUUCUAGACCAGCUGAUUCGAAGUGAUAUGGGAUUCCAUUUUCUUAGUAGAAUUGCAGGUUCACCUGCUUAUUGGAAGCACGAAAAGACAAAAUUACUGUGUAUGAUUCGUCAAUUUGGAAUCCCUACACUGUUCUUUACCGUUUCAGCAGCCGAAACAGCAUGGCCCGAAUUAAUCAAGGUAUUAGCACAAGUUGUUGAUCAAAAAGACGUUACUUUAGAGGAGGCCGCGAGUAUGCCCUACUUAGAAAAAACUCGCUUAAUUAGAACAGAUCCAAUAACUUGUGCCAGAUACUUUGAUUAUCGGUUCAAACUGCUAUUCAAGCAUAUGAAGAGUCAAAAUGGACCCUUUAAACAAAAUCCCAUAGAGCAUCAUUAUUACCGUAUAGAAUUUCAACAUCGUGGGUCUCCUCAUGUUCACGGGUUAUUGUGGUUAUCCAAUGCUCCAAAAUUCCAAGAAACACCAGAAAGUUUCAAAGAGUGUGCCGAAUUCGCGAACCGGUAUAUUACUUGUAAUAGUGAUUUAGAAAGUGUCCGUGAUAUAAUUCAGUUUAAUACGCAUCAUCAUUCUAAAUCGUGUCAAAAAGAAGUGCGGGGACACAAAGUUUGCAGGUAUGGUAUCCCAUUCCUGCCAAUGGAUAAAUCGGUAAUUCUAACGCCAAUAAAAAUUGACAAAACCAAGGAAGCGGAUUUACGUAAGGCCAUGUCUGAAAAGUUUUUGAUGAUAAUGCGUAGGCUUAAAGAUAAACCAGAUUUGUCAUUCGAAAACUUUUUGGCUGACCUUGAAAGGCAGCCAAAAGAUGGAUUCAUUAAUAAUUUCAAUGCAGAGAUGUUCUCCAUGAUGAAGAGUAAUAUGGACAUUCAAUUAGUUUUUGAGCCAUAUGGUUGUUGCACCUACAUAGUCAACUAUAUCAAUAAGUCUCAAAGAGCAGCUUUCUUAAAUGCGAGCGAAGUUAGUGCCCAAGAAGCCGCCUACAGCGUGUUACAACUACCGAUGCAUGACACCUGUACCUCCUAUGUAUACAUCCAUACAAAUCCAAUCAAGGAAAGGACAAAAAUGUUGAAACCAUUAACAGAACUUAAAGCCAUGGACAAUGAUGAUCCCAAUAUUUAUUGUGAUGGGCUUAUAGAACAUUAUGAGCAAAGGCCCAAUGAGAUGGAAAACAUAUGUUUGGCAGAAUUUGCAGCUUACUAUGAUUUCUUUAAGAAACGAGCAGAAACAAAGACUAAUGGUUUACCUUUAAAAGAUGGAAGUGGCGUUUUAAUUAAAAGGGGUCAUGCUAAAAUUUUAGCUUACCGUAGUUAUGGACUUCAACAAGACCCUCUUAACUAUUACAGAGAACAAAUAAUGUUAUACAUCCCAUGGAGAAAUGAAGUGGAUGAAGUUGAAAAUGAGAACAUUGAUCAACAGACCAUAUACAAAGAUCGAUACCAAGAAAUUGUUACAAAUCGACAAAAGUUCAAUGUCUUAGAUGAACAGGUAAUCGACGAAGCACUGAAACUUGCCGAAGACCGAUCAAAUCAAUUAGACGAUGGUGGAUUUGGUGGAGAAAUUGAUGAUGAGUUUAUGCCGUAUGGACUAGACAACCCCAUUUAUGAUCCAUUCAAUCACAUCAUCGAUAAGAAAGACGACGAAGCGCCAGUAAAACAUAUCGCUUUCCCAACGCCUCAUCAGAUAAGCGAUUCAGAGUAUGAAGCCCUCAUAAGCAAACUGAAUCACAAGCAGUACCAGUUCCUUAAUGUCGUGCAAGACAGUCUAAUUGAAGGGGAAGCUUUCUACUGCACACUUAGUGGUCCAGCAGGUACAGGCAAAAGUCACCUGAUUACAGCAAUAACUCAGUCGUUAUUACGCCAUUUCAAUUCAAUACCAGGUAAUAAUCCCGAAAGUUUAAAAGUUUUACUUUGUGCGCCUACAGGUAAAGCGGCAUUUAAUAUCGGAGUAUGGUGA